CGGAGGGGGUGGGGGGGUCUAAGAGAGUUCCCCGAACAAGUGUGCAGCCCCGCGCUGCGCGGGACCUGGAGCAGGGUGAAGCGGUAGGCUUGGACCUGGGGUCGUGGAAAAGGACAAGCGAGGCUCGGUGCCGAGGCGUAGAGGUCACGCUCGGCGGGUUUCGGCGAAACCUGGGCGACCGGAGCGAGCGCCCGGAGUCGCGCGCCUUAGAGUGGCAGCGCAUUUCAGCCUGACUUUUGUUUCGGGGAGUUGAGAAGAGCUGCACCGACGUAAUUGUAAUUACACUGCCCUUUCAGCGUUGACAACUCUCUGACCGCCCUGGGACCAGCCGGCUCUAAUGGACUCUAGAAGUGAUGAUGUUAGGUGGAAUCUGCAGCACGUGAAGAGUUGCCAGUUGUUAUGGGAUUAAGAAAACAAAUCUGUAAUGGCUAAAGGGUUAUCUUAUGAUGAGGCUUUUGCUAUGGCUAAUGACCCCUUGGAAGGCUUCCAUGAAGUAAACCUUGCUUCACCUACUUCUCCAGACCUUCUUGGUGUGUAUGAAUCAGGAACUCAAGAGCAGACUACCUCACCAAGUGUCAUCUACCGGCCACAUCCUUCAGCUCUGUGCUCUGCCCCCAUUCAGGCUAAUGCCUUAGAUGUUUCCGACCUUCCUACACAACCUGUGUAUUCAUCCCCCAGACGUUUAAAUUGUGCAGAAAUAUCUAGUAUCAGCAUCCAUGUUACAGAUCCAGCGCCUUGUUCUACCUCUGCAGUCACAGCUGGGUUAACUAAAUUAACUGCGAGAAAGGACAACUGUAAUGCAGAGAGGGAGUUUUUACAGGGUGCUACUAUACCAGAGGCUUGUGAUGGCAGUGACGAUAUAUUUGGGUUGAGUACUGAUAGUCUGUCCCGUUUACGAAGCCCAUCUGUUUUGGAAGUCAGAGAAAAGGGCUAUGAAAGAUUAAAAGAAGAACUUGCAAAAGCUCAGAGGGAACUGAAGUUAAAAGAUGAAGAGUGUGAGAGGCUUUCUAAAGUGCGAGAUCAACUCGGACAGGAACUGGAGGAGCUCACAGCCAGUCUGUUUGAGGAAGCUCAUAAGAUGGUGAGAGAAGCAAAUGUUAAGCAGGCAACAGCAGAAAAGCAGUUAAAGGAAGCACAAGGAAAAAUUGAUGUACUUCAAGCUGAAGUAGCCGCAUUGAAGACACUCGUAUUGUCCAGUUCUCCAACAUCACCCACACAAGAGCCUCUGCCAGGUGGAAAGACACCUUUUAAAAGGGGGCAUACAAGAAAUAAAAGUACAAGCAGCGCUAUGAGCGGCAGUCAUCAGGACCUCAGUGUGAUACAGCCAAUUGUAAAAGACUGCAAAGAGGCUGACUUAUCUCUGUAUAAUGAAUUCAGAUCUUGGAAGGAUGAUCCCACAAUGGAUAGAUCGUGUCCUUUCUUAGACAAAAUUUAUCAGGAAGAUAUCUUUCCAUGUUUAACAUUCUCAAAAAGUGAGUUGGCUUCAGCCGUUCUGGAGGCUGUGGAAAACAAUACUCUAAGCAUUGAACCAGUGGGAUUACAACCUAUUCGAUUUGUGAAAGCUUCUGCAGUCGAAUGUGGAGGACCAAAAAAAUGUGCUCUAACUGGCCAGAGUAAGUCCUGUAAACACAGAAUUAAAUUAGGGGACUCAAGCAACUAUUACUAUAUUUCUCCCUUUUGCAGAUACAGGAUCACCUCUGUAUGUAACUUCUUUACAUACAUUCGAUAUAUUCAGCAGGGGCUCGUGAAACAGCAGGAUGUUGAUCAGAUGUUUUGGGAAGUUAUGCAGUUGAGAAAAGAGAUGUCAUUGGCAAAGCUGGGAUAUUUCAAAGAGGAACUCUGAUGCUCUCUGCCUGGGACCAUGCAUGAACCUCCCUGAAUACCUGGAAAAUGGCUGAAUAUUUUUAUGGUUACUUGAUAUUUAUUACCAAGGAGUGGGCCCAAGACUUUUUCCCUCUUUUGCAGAUUACACUAAGAAGUACUGUGAUUUCUUUUAAAUUGACCUAUGCUGUGUUUGCUUACUCUUUAGUUGAACACACUAUAGAGAAUUACAGGUGUACUAGUGAUUGUAAUUUAUAGUUGCCCAAAAGACAAAAAUAAAAGCUGAAUAAAUAAGUACAUAAA